AUGGCGGAGACCGAGAUGAAUACAUGCAGCUUUACCUUUAUCAGCAUACGCACAGGAUUACCGGUUCACGUUUUUGGUGUUAAUCGAACAUGGGAGUAUUUGAAAGAAGAAUUUUAUCGAAAGGGAGCUGAUAUUCCUGAUGCUAACUAUUAUGAAACAUUUGGACCUGGACCUAAAAUUUUUGCUGUCGCUGAUAAUACAGUGUAUUAUCAUCAUGAGAACGUGUGGAUUCCAUACACAAGUGCCUUCAAUAUUAGCUACGGAAUUAUGAAAAUCGACGAGUAA